CUCAUCUUCUUCCUUCUUUUCCAAAGCCUAAUAAAUCAUCUUUCUUCUCGCGAUACCCAUACUCAUCUUCCGAACCUGAAGUGAAACUUAAAUAAUUGAAUGCCAGAAUAAUAUGUGAUAGAGAAACCACGAACUGGUGGUAGAAGGCCAAAGGCACUUGACAUCUGGGAACACGUCAAGGUAUUAAGGGUACUACAGCGCAAACAUUGUGGAUUUAAAUUAGCAGGGGGUGCUACCCGCAUCAAAGAUCAUAUUGAGGGCAACCGGGGCAUAAAGGCUCUCCAACAAGAGAGGAUUAAAGUCGGCCCUUUUAAUGUUUCGCAUAUGGUGAAUCAACGUGACUUCCAGUUGAUACAGCAUGUUUUUGAACAUUCAAGUUCAAGGGAUACAAUUUUCUCUUCUUCAUCCAUACGUUUAUUUUGACACAACCUGAUUUUACCACACUUAAACCGAAGGCUUAUUUGGAUUCGUUGGUAAUAGAUAGUUUUGCUGAUAUCUUGACUGACACUGAAAGGAAGAAAAAGAAAAGUGAUGAACCAUUGAAUUGGUAUCUUUCGGUGAUGCUUUCGGUGAUAAAUUAUUCCCCUUUUAAUUGGACGAUAUAUGCUAGUUCUUGAGUCUGAAAAAGUUAUCAUUGACAAGUAAAUGUUUAAAGGUUCUUUUGUUGUAGGACGUAGCACUCAGUAGUGGUGAUGUAAGUUCCUUCGUUGACUUUGUUGAACGACAUAAAAUGAAAGAGAACUACAUGUCUAACUUGAAAUAUUGUGAGAAGGUAUUAUGUUAUUGUCUUCUUGUAGUUGAUGCUUCACUUACCAUUAUGACUGUGUAUCAAUAUAUCAAUCUGAUUCGUUUGAUCACAUAUUACAGAUAUUUAUUCCUGUCCAUGUUUAAAAAAAAAAAUCAUGUGGACAUUUUUAUUUAUACAUUAUUCGUGUGAAGAAUGAAGUUAUUGAAAUAUGAGAUUCUCUUUUUGCUCAAUUUGUGGAUAAAACUACACGUGAACAAACAACAAAACUGGUAAGUGUUGAAGAACGGUAAUAUUUAUAUGAUUAAUAGAUUGAUAUCGAUGUUUUAAUUCUAUAGAAUUAACAUCUCGCAUAUAUAUAGCUGUUUGCCAUGGAGAACAUCUUCAGGAAUGUUAAGUUCACAGAAUUUCCCCGGGGAAUGGCAAGCAAUAUCCCAUUACAGCCUAAUGAGUAUCAAAUCAUCGCUAUCGUCUCGCCCCGAUCAUUUUCCAAUCCUUAAGUAACACUUGAGAAAAGGAAUGAUGGAGAGACUAAGUGGUGGUGGAAGGCAAAAGGCAGAUAACAGGUGGGAACACGUCACGAAAUUGACAGAAGAAAAGAAUCAAACACUAGUGGAAUGCAGAUAUUGUGGACUUCAAUUUAAAACAGCAGGUUCUAGUCGGAUUGAAUCUCAUAUUUUUGGCCCAAAAAAGGGACAUAAAAAGGCAAUUCGACUGUGUACUGGUUUCUCUGGGCUUAAUAAUACUGGUUCCAACAAAGUCACCGCCGACUUGAACGAGAAAGAGGACCUCCUGGAUUCCCAAGGUUUAUCAACAUUGGAUCGAACAAGAGAUUACAACAAACCCAAUGAAACAUUAAUGCUUGAUUGUUACGUGUCCCCCAAAACAAUGUGGGAAGGGAUAAAGGCUUUCCAACAAGUUCAAUGCCACACUAAAGCUAUGAAUCAAGAGAGGAUUAAAGUCGGCCCUUUUUAUGUUUCCAAUAUGGUGAAUGAUCGUGACUCACAGUUGAUAGAGUAUGUUUUCGAACAUGCAAGCAAGAUAUGUAUAGUUUUUUCUUCAUCACGUUCAUUUUUGAAUCAAUCUCAAUUUACCUCACUUGGACCGCGUGCUUAUUUGGACUCGUCGGUAAUAGAUACUUUUGCUGAUAUCUUGACUUACAUUGAAAGGAAGAAAAGUAAACAUUUGAAUUGGUACCUUCCGGUGACGUUUUCGAAUGUAGCACUCAGUAGUGGUGAUGUAAGUUCCUUCGUUGACUUUGUUGAACGACAAAAAAUGAAAGAGAACUACAUGUCUGAUUUCAUAAAUAAUUGUGAGAAGAUAUUUAUUCCUGUUCGUGUUGAAAAAAAUUCAUGUGGACAUUUUUAUUUAUACAUUAUUGAUGUGAAGAAUCAAGUUGUUGAAAUAUGGGAUUCUCUUUGCCCUCAAUUUAUGGAUAAAAGUACACGUGAACAAACAACAAAACUCUUGUUUGCCAUGGAGAACAUCUUCGGGAAUGUUAAGUUCACAGAAUUUUCUUGGGGAAUGGCAAGCAAUAUCCUAUCACAAACUAAUGGAUAUGAUUGUGGUAUAUUUGUUAUUAAAUAUAUGCAACAAUCAGAUAAUUAUGUGAGGCAAAAUCCUUCAUUUCAGUUUGACAGUAAUAAAGAAAGAUUGGAUUUGGCUUUAGAGUUGCUCAAGAGUGACUUCAACCAAGAAAAACAAAAACUAUAUGAUGAAGUAGCAAGAAGAUACAAGCAAGGCCAAACUGAAGAAGAUCUAGAUUCAAGUGGAAUUAAAAGAAAGCGGAUUGAUGCGUGCAAACCAAUAUUUGAAGAUAUUCGAAGAGGGCCAUUUAUGGAAUUGGAUGAUUCCAAUGAGAGUCAACAGAAAAAAUGUUAGCUCGAAGAAAGGAUGUGUUAAAGGUAAUGUAUUGCCGACAACCGAGUUGGUGGGAGAGAAGUUUCAAGGUUAUAUUGAACGAAUAUGGAAAUGGAUAAUGGGAAAUGAGGUGUCAACAAUUGGGAUAUGGGGAAUGGGAGGGGUAGGGAAAAGAUUUCUAGCAACUCAUAUGCAUAACAAGCUUUUAGAAGAAGCCGGGGAUGACUUUGACCAUGUUAUUUGGGUUACUGCAUCACAAUAUGGUAACAUUUAUGAGUUACAAAAGGCCAUUGCAAGAUCAAUUAAUUUGGACAUAUCUGAUGAGUGUGAUGUGAAAAGGAUAUCUGGGAAAUUGUUGCAAGCAUCCAAGCAUAUAAAUAGAUGUGUCCUUAUUUUAGACAAUGUUCGGGAUCCUAUUCUUUUAGGAGAAGUUGGAUUUCCUGUUUCAAAUGAUAGGAUUAAAUUGAUUUUGACAACUCGUUCAUGGGAGGUGUGCCAGAGUAUGAAUUGUAUGGAGAACAUAAUAGAAGUACAACCUCUAGAUGGUAAAUGUGGAGAAGGUUGGAAAUUGUUUGAAAAGACUCUUGGAAUCCAUCAAAUACAACCUAGUGGAGUGAAGUCUAUAGCAACGACCGUGGUAGAACAAUGUGGGGGUUUGCCCCUUGCUAUUGUUACGAUUGCGAGAAGCAUGAAGGGAAAAAAACAAUAUAGAGAAUGGAAUCAUAUGUUGGAAUGCCUUCAAAACUUGCGCAAUGGGCAAGAUGAUAUGGAGAAGUGGAUAUUUCCGGUGUUGAAAUCUAGUUGUGCUUGCUUAAAUAAUAAAUUGUUGCAAAGUUUUUUUCUGUAUGCUGCAUUAAGUGCUGAAUAUUAUUAUGAUAAUGAUAUUUGGUGUUUGAUCAAAAGAUUUUUCA